CAGUGUUGGUGACAAUGAAUUGUGAGCCACAAGUUGCGCUUUGUGGGUCUCAAUUGUUGGGUUAGUACAUUUUGGCCACAUCACGCGAACAGUCGUGCAGCUACGCUUCGUUACGAAAGCUUCAAGCGCUGUGGUAGCGGUAAAACUGGAUUUGAUUUUCUAAAAAAUUGUGCCAUAGCGAAAGAAAGACGAAACUAAACACCGACUAAACGAACCAGCCAAACAGCUAAUGAACUAACAUUAGCAUAAAAUUCCAUUUAGAUUGGUCAAGAAUUUAAGGCGAAAGUUGGAGGUUUGAGUGAUAGCUGCAAUGCAGUAAUUAAAGUGGUAGCAGAUACAGGCGAAUUUUUUAUUAUAACUACAUAUUUGAUGUAGUUUACUAGUGUACGGGAAUGCGUACAACAUCAACAAAGUGCAAUUCUAAUCCCUGCUCCCUUAAGUUACAUUACGGGAAUAUAAAUAAGAAUAUUAGACCCACUAUUAGCGAUCAUUUUACGCCACUCCUCGCAUAUACUUCACUCAGCUAGCCUUAACACAAUAUAACUGAAAAAAUGUUACGUUCCUUCCGUUCUUUUUACGGCAAAAUAAUAAUUUUUGCGCUGGUGGCUCUCUGCUUUAUACUUUACAUUAAAGUGCUGCAGGUGGAGGACACGUUAAGCGCAACACAGCAGCAAAAUGCAAAAUUCAAAGACAACCCCGAGGAAAACGAUGUACUACCCAAAGAUGAUCAGGCUGACCGCGGAGUACAUAUCAAUCCACGACAUCGAGUACUUGAGCGUCAGGAAGAUAAUGAAAUUCUAAAAAAACCAAAACAAACCUCGCGUCACAGUGAACCACCAUAUGAGCUAAGUAUACGUUUGGAUUUGGAAAAGCAAAAUUCGGCGUUAGGUGCGCUUGGCACGGCAGCGCACUUGAGCGGUGAAGCAGCAAGACGUGGCGAGGAGAUUUACAAAAAGAUAUCGCUGAAUGAAGAACUCAGCGAACGGUUGCCUUAUAAUCGAACUUUGGCUGACUCGCGGCAUCCUGCAUGUUUGAAACAUACUUUUGAUGUGCCAACUUUACCUAGCACUAGUGUUAUUAUAAUUUUCUUCAAUGAACCAUACUCUGUAUUGGUACGUACGGUGCACAGUACUUUGAAUACCUGCAACGAAAAAGUGCUCAAGGAAAUAAUUUUGGUCGAUGAUGGUAGCACGAAUGAAGAACUGCAUGGCAAGUUGGAUUAUUAUAUCAGCUCGAGAAUACCAAAUGGAAAGGUACAAGUGCUGCGAUUGAAGAAUCGCCUUGGUUUGAUACGCGCCCGUUUGGCUGGUGCGCGCAUUGCUACCGGUGAUGUGUUAAUCUUCCUGGACGCGCAUUGUGAAGCGAAUAUUGGCUGGUGUGAGCCACUUUUGCAGCGUAUCAAAGAGUCACGCACCAGUGUGCUGGUGCCGAUUAUUGAUGUAAUCGAUUCAAAAGAUUUUCAAUACAGCACGAACGGCUAUAAGUCGUUUCAGGUUGGCGGUUUUGAAUGGUCCGGUCAUUUUGAUUGGAUUGAGGUGUCAGACCGUGAGAAGAAGCGUCAAUUACGUGACUGUAAUCAACCGCGUCAAAUAUGUCCUGCAUACAGUCCGACUAUGGCCGGAGGUUUAUUCGCCAUUGAUCGGCGUUACUUUUGGGAGAGUGGCAGUUAUGAUGAACAGAUGGAUGGCUGGGGUGGCGAAAAUCUGGAAAUGUCCUUUAGAAUUUGGCAAUGCGGUGGCACCAUUGAAACGAUACCCUGUUCGCGAGUGGGUCACGUUUUUCGAGACUUUCAUCCAUACCAAUUCCCGAAUGAUCGCGAUACACACGGCAUCAACACCGCACGCAUGGCGCUCGUCUGGAUGGAUGAAUAUGUCAAUCUCUUCUUUCUCAAUCGGCCCGAUUUGAAAUUCCACCCCGAUAUUGGCGAUGUGACGCAUCGUGUAAUGCUACGUAAGAAAUUACGUUGCAAAAGUUUCGAUUGGUAUUUGAAAAAUAUUUAUCCAGAGAAAUUUAUACCCACCAAAAAUGUAAUAGCGUAUGGUCGCAUACGUGCCGUUAGCAAAGACUUGUGUGUAGACGAUUUGUCGCAAAAUAAUGAGAAGCCCUACAAUUUGGGUAUAUUCUGGUGUGCCAAAACAGUGACAAAAUCACAAUUUUUUACGCUCACCAAGUCACAUGUACUACGAAAUGAGUUAGGUUGCGCCACAGUGCCGCAUAGUGAUGGGGAUGCGCGUGUCGUGAAGAUGGUGACGUGCAUGGAUAACGAUGAUUACAAUGAGCAAUGGGACUAUGAAGAUGAACAUUUGAUGCAUGUAAACACCGGCUUGUGCUUGGAUCAUAAGGAAUUGCGUAGUUCAGAUGAGAUACAAGUGACGCGCUGUGAUAGUGAGAGCGAAACACAGCGCUGGACCAUACAGCAUGGUAAAUUGCUGUGAAAGCGGCAGCGAGUGUCAGCAGAGUAGGUGGAGAGAAGUCAAAAGUUUUUAUUAUGUAUUACUUUAAAACUAAAAUCAAAGCCAUUGUGUAAAUAUUGCAAACAAAACAUACAGAUGCAUAUGCACAAAUCUACUUAUAUAUUAUACAUAUGCUUACAUAUAUAUGUACAUAUAUGUAUGUACCAUACGGAGUGUACAGUUUUUCUGACUACUCCUUGUACCAUAGCUAGGGGAUUUACUAAAUAUGUAAAUUAUUUUGAUACGCAAAAAUAUUGUAUGCUAACAUUACGAAUGUAUGUAUGACGCGAAUUAUGUAACGAAAGCGAAUAUGUGUAAUUACGUGAAACUAAGCAUUCCUCAUUGAGACCCGUUUGCUGUUUGCGCCAGUAUAAAAAAAAGUAAUUAUUUUACAUUCAUACGUUACAACUAAAUUUAAAUAUGUUGUUAAUUACUGAGCCGUGUAGUUAGUUGAAAUAUAUUUAAAUGUAAUUUGCUUUUUUAAUCUUGGCAUAAGAUUACCGGACGAUUUAGCGAGAAGAGUGUUUAUAUAUUUACAUAUAUCUACAUACUUACAUAUGUUUAUA